GCCAAUCAGGAAGUUGCAGUCAUGUCACGUCCACCCAAUGAAUUCGGGGACCGGUAACAUUUAAACAAAUCUCCUUACUUUUCGGAAAGCAAACGGAUACAUAUUCUUUAAAAGUUUAUCACCAUGCAGGCUCUUAGUGCAGAACAUGCAAAAAUGUACCUUUAUGAGAACAGGCUGCAAACUUAUUCAGGCUGGCCAUUUGAAGAGGAUUGCGUUUGCACUCCCGAAAAUAUGGCGAAAGCUGGUUUCAUACACACGCCCAGCGAGAACAGCCCGGACGUAGCACAGUGCUUUUUCUGCUACAAAGAACUGGAAGGUUGGGAGCCAGAAGACGACCCAGUGAAGGAGCACAAAUCCCACUCUCCUGCCUGCCACUUCAUCCUGCUGCAGAAGUCUGUGCACGAGCUGAGCGUAGAGGAGCUGCUGAAGCUGCAGAAGGAGCGGCAGAAGUUUCUCCUGAAAAAGACCUGCAAUCAAAACAUGGAGAGGUUUGAAGAAGCUGCGAGGAAGAAGAGGGCUGACAUUAUCAAGGCCAUGGAUGAAUGAGUGUCCUGUUCUAUGUGUUUCCCUUCAGAGUUUUUAUUAUUCCUGUUUCUCUGUCUAAUGUUAUAUUCCUUUUAUCUGUCCCCUUGUAUCAGUGUGCACUUUCUUUUUGUUGUCCUUGGUCUUUGAUAAUAAAUCAUCUUUUUAACGAAAGCUA